UCGUCUUUGUUACUUUCUGCUGACAAUUGUAAUCAAUGUUUUUCGGCACUUUCGUUUGAAUUUCGUUCAAUUUCUUAUCGGUUUUAUCGUUUCCCGUCUUUCCCCCACAAAAGAAAGAAAAUCACCGUGCUAAUUUUGUAUAAUGUUUAUGCCCGAAAUCGCAACAAUAUCCAGCGACUUGGCCGCCACACUGAAGCACGCCGAUUGCCUGACCAAUUUACGCUGUUCGCUGGAUCCCCGACUAGAUCAGUUGAUUGUCUACAGCUCCGUGCUGGAGCACUUGUUGCAGCAGAAGCUGCACUAUGAGAAGGAACACGACACGGAGCUGAGGCGACUCGAGCGCUUCCGAUGCGAUGGCGUUAAGGAAUAUCGGAUCAAGGUGCAGUUGCGUGUGAUCAACAAGGUGCAGAGCAUGCUGCCGAAUAUUGUGUUCAAGAUGCGCAACGAGUACGAUAAAUUCGAGCGUUUUUUGUUGCAAGAGGUGUCCAUCAAGGAUGUCGAUACUGAGCUCUACAAUCGGGGCUGGCAAUUGUUGAACACCUGUCGCGACAAUCUGCGACUAACUCAUUAAGCAUAUGGAUAAGAUUUCCCCCUCUUCGAUACUUUCAUCUCCAUUUCGUAUUUGUAAGUGCAAGUGCAAUUAUAUACGUACAACAAAAAAUAGUGGGAGACAUUCACUUACCUGUUUCAAGUGAUUCUUUAGUAUGGUGCCCUCGGGUUCGGGCAGCGGCGGAAUCUCAUCGUAGCCCCCCGUUGGAGGUGUUAGCUUUGUCGAAUCCAAGUCCACCACCCAAAUGUCAUCGGGCAACCUAAAAGAAGAAGACACGAUUUCUUUUUGUAGAUGAGAAAGGAGGCGGGCACACCGAUGACAAAGGGCGUGGGCGCCAACAGCAGCUGCUCGGCACAACUGAGACAUGUGGGGAGCAACGGAAUCACCGGGAACAUGUACUCCAAGGGAUACAGCAUCGUCACGAAUGCCAUCACGGACAUGGAGAGCGCAUUGUAGUCGCGUGAUUGAAACAACACCUUGUUCUCCAAUAUUAUCAAUGUCCAGACCUUCAGGCACGUCUCCACGCCCAGCAGCUCGAGCGGCAAAUGCAACGGGAAAUCAACCAGCGAGAAUCGCGUAUGAUCCGGCAAUGCAAAGAGCAAAGGUUCAUGCACAGUGGGCGACAGCACCUCCACCUGGAGAGAGGAUCGAGGAUAAACAACAACAACAAUUAACUCUGGCGUGUGGGAAACUAAAUUUUGUUUCUAUUUGCCAAUCGCAUGCUUUCUUAACCGGCAAGCAAGAGAUUGGCAAAUAAAAGCGAUUGGGAAGCGUUAAAAAAAAACUAAAAUUUGUCAUUUAAGAAAUACGAUAAGAAAAUAAAACCAAUUCAAAAUAUGAA